AUGCCCAUCGAAGUUCAUCAUUCACCUCCGCCGCUUCAUCACCCUAACUCGGGUAAUGUUCGACCAAAAGGUAUCCUCAAGAACCCUUCGUUCUCCUCCGCCAGCGGCCGACCAGCCUCGCCAACCAAGGAAUUCCACUUCGCACCGAGUACACCUCUUGACCCUCAAGAAGAGCGAGACUUGACCCUACAAAACACCCUUCAAAACGCCGGUGCCCGUCGUUCUUCCUCUGCUGCUGGCCGCAGUUCAGCCUCUCGACGUCAUUCUUCCGCUGUCGACCCCGACAAUGCCGAGGAGUCGGAGAAGAUGCGUUUGAAGUGGGAUGAAGCGAACCUUUAUCUGGCUGAACAAGAAUCUGGAGGUCGCAUGAAAAUCACCGAACCAAAAACUCCUUAUCAGUAUGGUGAUGCGAUGGAAGAAGUCGAGGACGAGGAAGAUGUGGCUAUUGACCCUCGUUUUGUCAACGUCGACGAAGUCGAGAUGGCUAAAACUCGAUCAGAGAAGAAACACCGUGCGAGCGAUAUCCCAGGUUUGGAACUGGGUGAGCCAGAAGAAGAGCUUGGUACAGGUCCCGGGCCCGAGGAUGACCGGAUCGUGCGAGCAGGUAGUCUGUCUAGAGAGAGUAGCAAAGAGAAACAUGUUAGUGUCAGCGAUGUUGGUGAUGCGAAUGGUCCCAACGAAGAAGUCGGCAUGCCUACACGGGAAGAACAAGAACAACACCGUCAAUUCGAAGAGCAUCGAAAGAAGCACUACGAAAUGAGGGAUAUCAAAGGCCUACUAGGCCACUCAGAAGAUAUGGAAGACGAUGAAGAUCCACCCUCUCCAACAUCCAUGCCUAGAGAGCUACCUCAGCGACCCAUCAACGGCUCUCGAUAG